UCCAGCCGGCGGGGCUGGUCCCGGAGCGGAGCAGGGCAGGGCGGGGUCCAUGCCGGUGCCUCGGGGCCCGCUGGGGCUCGAGGCCCUUGGGCAGCCAGCGCCGCUUCCUGCCGCCGCCUGCGCGCCGUGCGCUCCGGGUGAGCGCUGCGCUGCGCGCCUCGGCCGGGCGCUUCCCUUUGUGUGCGCGGGCGGAGCGCGCAGCGCUGCCUGGGGCCCGGCGCUCGGCGCUGGAGCGCCCCCCUCUCGGGGAGCCCCGGAGCCGGGCCCGCCGCGCCGGAGAUCCCCUCCCAGCCACAUGCCUCCGCAACCCCAGCCUCCUCCCCGCGCCGCCGGCAGCCCUGCGCCCAGCCCCCCGCCCCUGCGCCGCCGGAGCCGGCGUGCCGACAGGAUGAUCGCCGCCGCCUCUGCCGGGAAGGGGCCGGAGGGCAGGUACCCGCUGCACCGCCUGGUCUGGCACAACCGCGCCCGCGAGCUGGACCGGGAGCUCAGCUCCCAGCAGGUGGACGUCGAGCAGCUGGACCCGCGGGGCCGCACGCCCCUGCAUCUCGCCACCACGCUGGGCCACCUGGACUGUGCCAGGGUCCUGCUCCAGCAUGGAGCCGACGUGGGCAAGGAGAACCGCAGCGGCUGGACAGUGCUCCAAGAGGCGGUGAGCACCCGCGACCUGGAGCUGGUGCAGCUGGUCCUGCGGUACCGUGACUAUCAGCGAGCUGUCAAGCGUCUGGCUGGGAUCCCCAUCCUGCUGGAGAAGCUGCGCAAGGCCCAGGAUUUCUAUGUGGAGAUGAAAUGGGAAUUCACCAGCUGGGUGCCCUUGGUCUCCAAGAUCUGCCCCAGCGACACCUACAAGGUGUGGAAGAGCGGCCAGAACCUGCGUGUGGACACGACUCUGCUCGGCUUCGACCACAUGACCUGGCAGCGGGGAAACCGCAGCUUCGUCUUCCGGGGACAAGACACCAGUGCGGUGGUGCUGGAGAUCGACCACGACCGGCAGGUGGUGUACUCCGAGACGCUGGCGCUGGCCAGCCACGACCACGAGGGGCUGCUGGCUGCCGUGCAGCCCACCGAGGAGCAGGUGAUGGGCCGCCUCACCGCGCCUGUUGUCACCACCCAGCUGGACACCAAGAACAUCGCCUUCGAGAGGAACAAGACGGGGCUCCUGGGCUGGCGGAGCGAGAAGACGGAGGUGGUGAAUGGGUACGAGGCCAAGGUGUACAGCGCGUCCAACGUGGAGCUGAUCACGCGGACGCGGACGGAGCACCUCUCCGACCAGCACAAGGGCAAGAGCAAAGGCAGCAAGACCCCACUGCAGUCCUUCCUGGGGAUCGCCGAGCAGCACGUGGGGCCCAGCAAUGGGACGCUGAUCACGCAGACCCGGAGCCACACCAACCCCACGGCCAUCACCCCCGAGGAGUACUUCAACCCCAGCUUCGAGCUGGGCAGCAGAGACAUGGGGCGCCCCAUGGAGCUCACCACCAAGACGCAGAAGUUCAAGGCCAAGCUGUGGCUGUGUGAGGAUCACCCACUGUCCCUGGGCGAGCAGGUGGCGCCGAUCAUCGACCUCAUGGCCAUAAGCAACGCGCUCUUCGCCAAGCUCCGGGAUUUCAUCACGCUCCGUCUGCCGCCCGGCUUCCCCGUCAAAAUAGAAAUCCCCAUCUUCCACAUCCUCAACGCCCGCAUCACCUUCGGGAACCUCAAUGGCUGCGACGAGCCCGUCAGCUCCGUGCGCCGCAGCUCCGGGAGCGAGGCCCCUUCGCCCAGCAGCGACUCCUCCAGCGUCAGCAGCUCCAGCUCCCUGGCCUCCUGCCGGGCCGGCGAGAUGGACCCGUCCCUGUUUGAGGCCCCGCCUGGGUACAGCGUGCUGGGCAGCCAGCGGGACGCCAUGCGCGAGGAGGAUGACGACCUGCUGCAGUUCGCCAUCCAACAGAGCCUGCUGGAGGCCGGCACGGAGUACGACCAGGUGACCAUCUGGGAAGCUUUGACCAACAGCAAGCCGGGCACACACCCCAUGUCCCAGGAGGGCCGGCGAGGAGACAGGUUGGACACCCCAGCACACGCCUCCCCCCCGGCAGGCCAGCUCCCAGCAGCAGGGCGGGGGCAGCGGCGGGCCCAGCCCCCUGUUCCGCAGCUACGACGAGCAGCUGCGCCUGGCCAUGGAGCUGUCGGCGCGGGAGCAGGCAGAGGCGGAACGGCGCACGCGGCAGGAGGAGGAGGAGCUGCGGCGCAUCCUGCAGCUCUCGCUGACCGAGCAGUAGCCCAGCGCCUGCGACGGGCUCUGCAGCUGCUGCCCAGCUUGCGCAGGGCUGGGGUGGUGCGGCCGCCGCUGGGCAGUGGCGUUCCCUGAGCCAGCAGUGCCCACGUGAGCAGAGAGGUGCCAGCGCUGGCCCACCGCAGAUGCCAUCGCACCGAGCCAGUCAGAGACCAUGCCAAGAACACUGCCAGGGGGCGCGGGGGCUGGCCCGCCAGGAGGAGACUGCUGCAUCAGAGGGAGCCCCCGUGAUGCCGCUCCCAGGGCCCUGCGCCCCAGAGGGAGCGGUCUGGCUCCCCGUGCCCCCCAGACGCCUCGUUAAUCCUCGCCUGCCCUGGGCAGCCCCAGUGACCCGGGCCUGGCCAGCGAGGGGCAGAGAUUGCGGGCCCAGGGCAAGGUUUGGCGAAUGGGGAGAGGGCACCACGCCCAUAACCCUGCAGGGGAGGACAGGAUGGGGCUGCGGUGGCAGGAGGUGACCUGCUGCGAGGCAGGGGGCACCCCCAGACCCAUUACUCACGCCCCAGUCCCAAUGGGCGGGUACUCACCAGCUACAACCAGCUGCAAGGGCUGGCAGGGCAUGGAUGGAGAGCCCAGGGUUGGGCUAGCAGGAGGCUGCGGGUCGGGAGUGAGGGGCACCAGCAGAGCUGGGGAGGAGGCGGUCAGGGUGUCAGGAAGGGAGGGUGCUGGCUAAGCGGUGUGGGGCCCAGAGGCAGGGCUGGAUGGGGUUAGCUGCGCAGGGAAGCAGGAACGCUGCUGCGAGGUGAUACAGGGUUCUGCUCCCCCCCCCUUCAUGCUGCCUGGACUGGGCCCCUUACCCUGCCCCUCCCACCCCCAGCAGCUGGGCCUGCCUGAGCCUUCUGCCCCCUGUGACCCACAGCAAGGGCAGGGCCCAGCUGCACACACACUCCCCCCCACUGUGGGCUCACGGAUGCCCCCAACUCUUCAGCGACCCAGGGACACUGCCCAGUUGCAUGGGGUUCUGGCGCUGCCAGCAGCCGGCCCUGACACCUUCUCUCCCACGAGAUGCCGUGAGGCUGCUUGUGCCAGGCCCUGUCGUCCUGCCUCGCCCCAGGGCUGCCCCCAGGAGCUGGGGAACGAGCGGUGCCAGCCCUGCCUGCUGGGCUGUGGCAGAGCCAGAACUGGGGGAGGGCUGGCAGGCCGGGUGAGACUAGCAGCCAGGCAGCCCAUAGGGAGGUGGGCACAGGGCAGGUAACCGCUGCCCUCCCUCCGGCUGCAGGCACCAGCCCCGUCUGCUGCCCUCUCAGCACGCGCCAGUCCCGGGCUCCGUGGCACCGAUACAGCAUCAAGUGCACUUAGCCAGGAGCCAGGCCAGGCUGCCGGCCGCUUUGCCACUCACCACGGAGCCCCACCGGCCCGUCCCUGCGAUCGUGCCCUCCCCAGCCCCCUGCCAGCACACGUAGGAUGGGCACUUACCAAAGCCUGCUAGUGGGGGGAGGGGGCAGGGCAGGUGCUGCAGCCCCCACCCCCUGCCCAGGAGCCAUUCCCCCAAGGAAGCACUGAGAGCCCAGCACUGCUGCCCCCCAGCCCCAGGGCCCCCCCACGCACCAGGAUCCAGCCGACUCCUGAACUAUGGGGAGUGGGGGCAGGUUUCUCUGCCUGGGCAGCACCUGCCCACACCACCAUUAGGACGGGGAGCCCCACUGCCCCCUGCUGGCCCUCCAGCUCUCAAGUGAUCCCGGGGUGGCGGGGGGGGCGCUGAGCAGGGAACACCCCCUGAGCCAGGCCCAGUCCCCGCCAUGUCCCUCCCAGCCUGCACACUGCAGCCCCUGGCCUGGGCUGAGGGGUUCCCUUGUGCCCCUGCUGCUCCCCGCAGCGCACAUGCCUCACACAGGGCCCUAAACCGCAGCGAAACCUUACGUCAAAUGGUGCUAACUCCCCGCAUCCCCCCGCCCCUGAGAACACAGCAGCCCUGUGCUGAGACGGGGCCCGGGCCCUCCCCGCGCCAGGCCGGGGGCACAGGGCUUUGCUCGGUCUGACAGACUUCCAGGCACAACCAGAGGGGUGUCCUGGGGUACACGGCUGCAGGCCAUCCCCCACCAGAGGGGACAUGGCGCCCGGCGCCGAGCCAUCACUCCUGAAGCCGUGACGGGGCAGGGACCUUUUCUUAAUCGCCCACGACACCCCCCCCACACCAACUGUACAGCAGGGGCUGGGGCACGUGGGCAUGGCCAGGCGGGGGGGCCAGGCCCACAGGCUGCGAUCACGGUGGACACCAAUAAAAGUCUUUAACGUUU